GCUUUAAGGUCAUUUAACCGUACAAGUUUCUGUGCAGGGAAUGAUGGUUUGCUUUUGACUUUCAAAGUAUGUGUCAGGACAUGACGAAUUUUAUGGUUAGCGCAACUAGCUAAAACCCGACUUGUAUUUAAUACGUAAUAGCAGUAAUUAUUUUGUAUUUUGUCAUAUAAACAUUGUCAGCCACACAGUUUGACUUAAAUUGAUGCGUCCCAAACUUUAUUUUGAAGUGCGAAUGAUGUCGCCCUAUCGGGGCUGGCGGAUUCAGGAAGGAAGUGUCACCCAUGCUCGGCAGUUAUUGCAUUAUUAUGAAAAGAACUUCCCUUUUUCACACUGCAUGUGAUCCCUCGUACAAACACUCAUUUGCGGCGCCUUCCAAGUGAAAAUCUGCUUAACGACCCAAGCGUUUAAGAUGGGAUACAUGACGGUAGAGGAGCACAGCUCCACCCUGCUCCACCUGAAGCGAUCCCCGGGCAUUCGUUCCUGGUCUCUUCUUUUUGGUAUCACAUCUGUUGGGUUGGCAGCUGCAUAUUACAGCUCAGACAGCAUCAUGUGGAAGCUUUUCUACGUGACUGGCUGUCUGUUUGUGGCCCUGCAGAACAUGGAUGAAUGGGAGGAGGCCAUGUUUGACAAAAGCAAGAACCUGAUAGAGAUUAGGACCUCCAGCCUGUACACUUUAGUCCUGACACUGUGGAGGAAGGGGCAGGAGAAAGUUGUUUUAGAUUUGAACCAUCUGUGUGACAUCUGCGUUCAGGAGGAGAAGGUUCGUUAUUUGGGUAAGGGCUACGUCCUGAUGCUGAGGCUGGCUGCAGGCUUCUCUUAUCCCCUUACCCAGAGUGCAACACUAGGAGGGCGCAGUGAUGUGGAGGCAGUGGCUGCUUUGUUGAAGCGCUUUGUGGGACUGGAUGAGCUGCAGAAACACCGGCGUGAGGAGGACGAGGACCAUUUUCUGGACAGCAGCAGUCACUCAGACAACGAAGAAGAUGAACUUUGAUCUAUCUAUGACAAACAACCUUACUGUCACUAAAAAUGGGAAGUAUUAGGGGUAUUAUGGCAUUAGAAAAGGUAUGUUUUUACUGGUGCCUUUAUUACACUAUAAGCAUGCACAUGUAACCAUGCUUACGUAUAUUUCCUCCUUUUUUGUACGUUUAUACAUCAACUGAAGUUCAGACAAGCCACUGCGACUCAAUUUUUAUUCAAUGUUUCACUGAAAUGACACAGUGUGAGCAUUUAAUUAUUAUUUCACAACAAUCUUCAGCUCACUGAAUCACUGUAAUUAACUACUGAACUCUAAUGAGUGCUUGUGUGUAAGUCAGUGAAAGGAAAGUGGUUUCCCACAAUUUCUGGACCACCCUGAUGAUAAUGCAAGUUAACCCAUUCCAGUCCACAGGCUGGAAAAAUUAUUGUGGAAACUGUAACGAAGCAUAAAUGAAAUCCUUCAACUGUCUUUCUAGUCCAUCAAAAGUUAAUUAAGUUAUAAAACACCUCAUACAUUUUGGGAGCCAAAGAACAAACUCAGGCUUAAAUCACGGAUGUGCCAGUACGGCACAUUGUUGAAUGAAUGUCAAAAUGUGCUGCUUGAAGGUUUUUGGUUAGCUGUAAAUUAAAUUUUUGUUUACUUUAAUACAUUUAUAUAAACUGUUACAUAAUCA